AAAAUAAAGAAAAACCCUACUUAUCCAAGUGAAGCAGAGAGUUCUUUUUCUUUGGAAGCUAAACCAAACGAAUGAGAGUGAUAAAGCAUAGCAGAAAAAGAAAUGAAGAAAGCGGAAUCUGAAGAAAAAGCAACAGAACCAAUCGAAAAGGAUUCAGAGGAGAAAGAAGACCAACACCACCAAGACUCGGAGCAAGAGAGAAACGAGGAAAAUCAAAACGACUCCGUUUCUGAACCCUCAUCAUCCUUCUCUCUCCACUCUCCGUCCCUUCGAGCUCGCAAAUCCCCUUCGCCGCCGCUCCAUUCGCUCUCCGACUCGCCCAUCUCCGAUGGCCGCUCCUCGCCGCCGCCGCAAAAUCCGCCGCCGGACUCGUCGCCCGACUCGUCGAUUUCCGACGGCCACUUCUCCAUCGCCGACCAGCGCCUCUCCCCUGUGGUGACGGCUCACCGAUUCCAGGUGGAGCCCACGGUGGUGACCAAGCUAGAUCCCGGCGCCGAAGAGGGUUUCGUCGGCUUCAAGGACGUGGAGCAGGCCACCGGCAGCGCCGGUAACCGCCGACUGAGACCGGAUUUGUCCGGUUUGCUUAGGUCUAAAAAACUCGCGUCGUGGAGCAAGCUCUUGUUGGGCUUUCGGAUAAGCGCUUUCGUUUUUUGCUUAGCGUCUUUCUCGGUUCUUGCCGCUGAUAAGAAACGGGGCUGGGCUCUCGACUCUUUCUAUUUAUACAAGGAAUUCAGGUAUAGUUUGUCGGUGAAUGUGAUUGGGUUUGUGUAUUCUGGGUUGCAGAUAUGUGAUCUAGUGCGGUACUUGGCUGCGGGAGAGCACUUGGUGGAGCACCAGCUAAGGGGCUAUUUAACCUUCGCGAUGGAUCAGAUCGUGACUUACCUUCUAAUGUCAGCAUCAUCAUCGGCUGCCACAAGAGCUUAUGAUUGGGAAUCCAAUUGGGGUGCGGACAAGUUCCCCUACAUGGCAAAUGCAUCCGUGGUUUUGUCCUUCCUUGCUUUUGUGGUCUUUGCCUUGGCCUCUCUUGUCUCAGGUUCUAUCACUGUAAGGUUCAGAUAAUUUAUACAAAUACCAUGUCUGAGGUGUGCAACCUCUUUAUCUGAGAUGCUAUAUUAAGUUUUAUCCUCUCUUCAUUGGAAAUUGCCGCAUAUUUUAAGAAAGCAGACUCUCUUUGUACAGAAAAGGAUAUUUACUUUGUGUCAAUUUCAUUUGUAUAGAUGCUGGUGGAUCCACAGCUAGCGGAACUGGCAUGUAUAUUAACUUUUGCAUUUAAUGAGAUGAUAUUUAGCUUAAUUUUGUUUUUA